CUAGUGAGUGGAAUAUGUUUAUUUAUAGUUUUACAUCAGUGUAUUGAGGGCAGUUUGAGUAUAUCCAAAUACUGUUGCGUAUGGUAUUUUAAAACGUAUUUAAAACAGCACUGUACCAUCGAAUAACGAGCAACAGAAAAGGGCCAAAACUGAGAACCAGAGUUCUAAACGACACCGCGAGUCGACUCCUGUCGAUACCUACAAAAAGCAAUUCAAAGAACCGACUCUUGAGUAAAUGACUCUUUAGGCAUUCAUAAUAUACCAGUAUCAGCGGUGUGAUGGAUUCUCAGAGAGUGCUGGAUUAUUUAAUAGAGGUAGAACUCGCCGCUGAAGAUGUUCUGUCUGAUAAACAACAGAUUGUAGAUCUAGACUCCAGAAGAAAUAGAAACAGAGAAGCGAUGAAUGCAUUAAGAACCUCAUCUAACGACAAAGUCAAGGUUUGUUUUGGAAACAUGUUUAUUAAAUUUCCCACUGAGAACACCAAAGCUAUGAUUCAGAAAGAUCAGGAGCAGCUUGACCAGGAAAUUAACGACCUACGGAAACAACUAAAAGCAAAAGUCAAUCGUCUUAAUGAUUUACAAGGAAAGCCUGAACUGACGGGAUACAGCCUUUCUCCACUCAGCAGUGAUGAAGUUAAGGCCAUUAAUAAGAUCAUCAAAAGAUAACACAGCCUCUGUGGAAAUUAAGGACUCAAACUCUCUGGUCAAGCUGAUGUAAAUUUCUCUCAGUAAAUUUGUUGGUAAGUAUCCUGAAGAGAGUAAUGCCAACAUCUCACUGCUACUUACUUCUGUAUAUAAUGGCAUUGAUAAAUCAAAGAGUUUUAAGAAGCGGGUUUGUAACUGGACCACAAAUGUAGUAACUAUGAUGUCAUAGUGAUUAAUAAAAGCACACCAAAAUCAAAUUCAAUUGUAAAUACAA